UGAAAUCAUUAGAGAACAAUAAACGCUGAUUAUAAACUCGAUCGUCUCAAAAAGUAAAGAGUAAUGAUUUAAAAGAGUGGAUCAAAGAUAAAGAGUAUAAGCUUUUAUGUUACGUUAAAGAAUUUGUGCAACUGUUCAGAAAAAGAAAUGUCGAGUAUCGUUCUUCAUUGCUACAAGUUAUUAUUGUUUCGUUGGUUGGUCAUUGUCUUUUCCUAUUUUUCUUCCUUCUUCUCAACUUUCCUUUCAUUCUCUGUUCCCCACUUUCUUUUUCUUUCAAUCCAAUCUUAACAUUGUCAAUAGAAACUGUACCAUACAAGUAACAAUACAAGAAGAUGAAAUCAUUCUCAACUGAAGUGGGACCUGACAAGCUCAAUAACGGCGGACGUGUUCGAAGAUCUGCUCUUAGCCCAGAAUCCCUUGUUCGCGUACCCAUUAAUAAUGUUCAUACUUUAUACGACGUUAUCAGCCAUAGUGCUAAGAAAUUUCCCGAGAGACAAGCGUUCGGCUAUCGUAAAGUCGAAAAGGUCAUUGAGGAAGAGAAAGAGGUGACAAAGUACGUUCAAGGCGAAGAAGUCAAAGAAAAGAAGAUAUGGAAAUUCAUUCAACUUUCACCGUACUUUUAUCUGACCUACAAAGAGGCCAUUCGUCUUGUUCAUGAUGUGGGUGCUGGCUUGAUAAAUCUUGGAUUAAAAGAGAAAUCAAAGAUUGAAAUUUUUUCACCUACAAAUAUGUAUUGGCUUUUGACUGCUUAUAGCGCUUUUACACAGAAUAUGACUAUUGUGACAGCUUACGACACUCUGGGAGAGGAUGGAUUACUUCAUUCGAUGAAUGAAACAGAAGUGGAGGCUAUUUACACAGUUGGAGAUUUACUUCCUGUAGUACGGAAAGUCGCAGCAAAAUGUGCUUCCUUGAAAUACAUUAUAUAUAGUGGAGACGCCAAGGCUGAUGUCGUGCAUCAAUUCAAGAAUGAUGGCAAAGCAGGACAAAGGCUUAUUUCUCUUGAUGAAGUAGCCAAGCUAGGAAGGGAACAUCCAAGGGAAGCGAGACCACCCGAGCCCGAAGAUCUUUGUUGUAUUAUGUAUACUUCAGGAAGUACAGGAAAUCCGAAAGGUGUCAUGCUGUCGCAUAAAAACAUUGUUGCUGCAGUUGGUGGUGUAAAUACUCUUCUGGGGCACUUGGUAACAGAUCAUGACAGUAUGAUUGCCUAUCUUCCUCUAGCUCAUGUAUUAGAGUUCGUCGUAGAGAAUGUUUGUGUUUUCUGGGGAAUAACUCUUGGCUAUGCUUCUGCUAGAACAUUAACAGAUUCAUCUGUGAGAAACUGUAAAGGUGACAUUAAGGAGUUCAGACCUACUUUGAUGACAGGUGUGCCUCAAGUAUGGGAAACCAUUCGAAAAGGCAUUCUAGCGAAGAUUUCAGCUGCUUCUCCCAAAGCCCAAAAGAUGUUUUACAAGGCUUAUGCUACGAAGGCUUGGUUAUUGGAGCGUCACUUGCCAACUAAGUUUAUAGAUAGGGUAGUAUUCAAUAAAAUAAAAGAGCAGGUUGGGGGUCGUCUUCGUUUCGCACUGUCAGGUGGUGCUCCUGUAGCUACUGAGACACAAAAGUUUUUGUCGGUAACAGUGUGCCCUAUUCUUGGUGGAUAUGGCAUGACUGAAAGUUGUGGCAUGUGCUGUAUCAUGGCACCUGAACAGUUUGGAUAUGGUCCUGUGGGUGCUCCUGUCCCUUGCUGUGAAAUCAAAUUGGUUGACGUUCCUGAAGCAAACUAUUUUUCUACGAAUACACCCAAACCUCAAGGAGAAGUUUGGGUGCGUGGUCCAGCCAUUACGAAAGGUUAUUGGAAACAAGACAGAAUAACGCGAGAAACAAUCACUGAAGACAAUUGGCUGCAAACGGGUGAUAUUGCUGAAUGGAACGAAAAUGGCACAUUAACAAUCAUAGAUCGUAAGAAGAAUCUGGUUAAAUUAAAUAACGGUGAAUAUAUUGCUAUUGAGAAACUUGAAUCUAUCUACAAGAGCUGUAUCCAUGUGACAAAUAUCUGCGUGUAUGCUGAUCCAUUAGUUGCUAAACCUGUCGCCUUAGCAGUCGUAUCAGAGCCUGUGCUUCGACAGCUGGCUCUGGAAAAAAAGGUUUUUAGUACAGAGGAUGAAACAAAAAGAAUUGAAUUUGAGAAAUUGUGUCAGAUGGAUGAUGUUAGAAAAGCUGUUUUGGCAUCACUUUUGGCGCAAGCCAAAGAAGGAGGAUUGAAGGGAUCCGAGUUAUUGUAUGAUGUGUAUCUAUGUCAUGAAGAGUGGACUACAGAGGCUGGUUUAAUGACGGCUGCACAAAAAAUCAAACGUCCAGAGAUCACUAAAGCCUUCAAAGCACAGCUUGACGCUAUGAAUGCGAGGCAAAAAAGCUAAGUAGUAGCAGUCGUCAAAAAUUUGAUAUAUCGAUUUAACUGAAUGAUAUCAGUUCAAUUUAGCCAUUAUAUUGUGUAGUAUUAACGACCUACAUAUAUUAAUUUUUUACCCGUUAAGCCAAUGGAUGUGAACUUAUCAGUAAUCCAUCGUUGGCAAAAUAAGUUGAACGAUCUAUAAAUAAUUCAAGGGAAACCAAUAUUCUCAUUCUCUUUUUGCUAUCU